GAUAUUGGAAUUGGAAUUGCUCUAGUUGCAUCGAUAGAACAUAAACUACAGUGCAGUGCCAGCCAUGGCUGGUGACCUAGCAGGAGAAGAAGUGGUUGCAGGGAGCGACGAUGAGAGUGAAAGAAUGGUGAAAUUGGGAUCGUACGGAGGGUUGGUGAGGCCAUUGCUUGAUGAUGACGAUGGUGCUGAUGAUGCCGCCGCUGAGGAGACGAUGCUGCUUUGGGGAAUUCAACAGCCAACACACUCCAAACCCAACGCUUUCGUCUCUCAAUCCUCUCUCCACCUUACUAUUGACGCCUGUGGCCACUCUCUCUCCGUUCUCCAGUCCCCUUCUUCCUUGAUCACUCCUGGAGUAACUGGUUCGGUUAUGUGGGACAGUGGUAUUGUUCUGGGGAAGUUUUUGGAGCAUGCAGUGGAUUCAGGGAUGCUUAAUCUUCAUGGGAAGAAGAUUGUUGAACUGGGCUCUGGAUGUGGAUUAGUUGGCUGCAUUGCAGCUCUUUUAGGUGGUCAAGUUAUCCUCACUGAUCUGCCUGAUCGACUGAGACUACUAAAAAAGAAUGUCCAAGUCAAUCUUGAUCAUGGAAAUGUGCGAGGUUCUGCAACAGUGAUUGAGUUGAUUUGGGGAGACGAUCCUGAUACACAAGUGAUUGAGCCAUCACCUGAUUUUGUUCUAGGAUCUGACGUGAUCUAUAGCGAGGGAGCUGUGUCAGACUUGUUGGAAACACUUCAACAACUCUGUGGAAGCAAUACAACAAUCAUUUUGGCUGGAGAACUUCGUAACGAUGCUAUCCUUGAAUACUUUCUAAAAGCUGCUAUGAAGGAAUUCCUGGUUGGAAGGGUUGAUCAAACACAAUGGCAUCCAGAUUACAAUAGUGGCCGUGUUGUUUUGUAUGUUCUUGUCAAAAAAUGAGUGUUGAAAUUGGUUCAAUGGUAUAUUAACAAUUAUUUAGAGUAGAGAAAAAUUUCAUUCAAGAAUUUGAGUACUUGUUUUAUCAAUGACAUUGUCUUUUUUUUUC